UUCGACCGCGUGCCCCGUGUGUUAGCUUGCCGCCUCAGAAUGGCUCCGCGGCUCUUCACCGUCAGUUGGGAUGAAAACUUCAGUCCACACAGAUUCCAAUGGGAAGGUGAACACCAGCCAUGAAGCUCCUGUGAGAAGAGUUUGGAGGAAAGCUUCUGGACACUGCAGGUUCCCCUCUUUCGUGUUUCUCGGUCGACAACAGGAAAAUUCAUUGAGGAGAAGAUGAUGUCUGACGCCAGUGAGAUGUUGGCAGCUGCCUUGGAGCAAAUGGAUGGGAUCAUAGCAGGCUCCAAGGCCAUGGACUACUCCAAUGGGCUGUUUGACUGCCAGUCGCCCACUUCACCGUUCCUGGGUGGCCUUCGGGUGCUACAUCUGCUGGAGGAUCUGCGGGGAGCGCUGGAGCUGAUGGACAACGAGGAGAGGGACAACCUGCGGUGUCAGAUCCCUGAUUCCACAGCAGAGGGGCUGGCAGAGUGGCUGCAUGGACGACUGACGAACGGCCACGGCUCAGAAGCAGUCUACCAAGAACGUCUGUCACGACUGGAGAGUGACAAAGAGUGUCUCAUUCUUCAGGUAAGUGUUCUAACAGACCAGGUGGAGGUUCAAGGUGAAAAGAUACGGGACCUAGACAACUGCCUUGAGCAUCACCGGGGGAAACUAAAUGCUACAGAGGAGCUGCUGCAACAAGAGCUGUUGAACCGGUCGACACUGGAGACCCAAAAGCUGGAGCUGAUGACUGAGGUGUCUAGUCUGAAGCUGAAACUGUCCGCUGUGGAGAGAGACCACCGGGACAAUGAGGGUUUGUACCAGGAAGUAACGGACCUGCGGUUCAGGGUGACUGACAUAGAGAAUGAAAGACUGCAGUGUGAGAAGAAACUCAAAACUACAAAACGUCCAAAGUGGAACACUGAGCGGUUCACUGGAGCCGAGGAGGAGCUGCAGCUUCUGCAGAGGCAGCUGGAGGAGCGAGAGGUGGAGCUGCGGAGGCUGAAGGACGAGAGCAGAGUGAGGGUGGAGGGCCACAACAGAGCUGAGGGAGAUACAGAAGUGUUGAAGAUGAAGAGAGUUUUGGAGUCACUGGCAUCAUCCAACAAUGAGAAGGAACGAAGGAUAAAAGAGCUGGAGGAGACACUGACAAAGUGCAAGAAAGUGCAGGAGUCAGUCAAAGACAAGUUAAAGGAGGACGACUACGCAGAUAUCCUAGAUGAUCCCUCUGUUCCUGUAUCCAUGGAGGUGGAUCAGGUCACCGUGGCGUUGGUGGGGGAAGCAGGAAGGAGCUCUGGCGAGUCCAUUCCAUGUAUAGCUGUGCUGUCUGAGAUGAAUGAACUGGACAGAGAACGACAGCUACAGGCAGCAGAGAGUUCCUCAGACGUCCCACAGCCAGGCAGCUCUGACCAGGCUAAAAAGAAAGCAGGACCCGGUUCUUCACCUCCCACCAGAUCAAACGGCACAAGUGACGAGAGUUUUGGCAGCAAGAAGGCUCGUUCUUCUUUCGGUCGUGGCUUCUUCAAGCUGCGAGGAGGGAAGCAGACGGCUAGUUCUCCAAACCUCGCUGAGACAGAACGGAAAGGCACAGAGCAUCUGGACUUGGCCGGCGUCCCUCCACGUAAAUCACAUGAUGGAGCUCCUCUGCCGUCCUCACCUGAAACCAAAAAGAAGUCUAAAGGCUUCAGGAAAUUCUUCGGCAGGUUAAAGAGGAGCCACUCUACCUCCUUCAACCUUGAUGAUGCAGCAGAGAUGGAGUUCAGGAGGGGCGGAGUCAGAGCCACCGCCGGCCCUCGACUCGGCUGGUCGCGUGAAUCUAAACAAAAUGCUGUCGAGGUUCCGUUCUCGCGCUGGAGUAGAGACGAGGUGUGUGCGUGGCUUCACGAGCAGGGCCUCGGCAUUUAUGUGGCCCAGUGUCACGGCUGGAUCAAGUCCGGACAAACAUUACUGCAGGCGUCACAGCACGAUCUGGAGAAGGAGCUGUGCAUGAAGCAGCCUCUCCACAGGAAGAAGCUGCAGCUCGCUCUACAGGCUCUCGGCUCAGAGGACGACGACCUGAAGGGCAAACUGGACCACAACUGGGUGAACAGGUGGCUGGACGACAUCGGCCUCCCGCAGUACAAAAGUCACUUUGACGAGGCUCGUGUUGACGGACGCGUGCUGCACUACAUGACUGUGGAGGACUUGCUGUCUCUGAAGGUGGGCAGUGUUCUCCAUCAUCUCAGCAUCAAGAGGGCCGUUCAAGUCCUCCGCCUCAACUCCUACGAUCCGAGCUGUCUCAGACGACGACCCUCUGAUGAGAGCAAUUUCACACCCGCAGAGAUCUCCCAGUGGACCAACCACAGAGUGAUGGAGUGGCUGCGGUCUGUGGAUUUGGCUGAAUACGCUCCAAAUCUGAGAGGCAGCGGGGUUCACGGAGGGCUGAUGGUGUUGGAGCCUCGCUUCAACGUGGAAGCGCUCGCCCUCCUGCUCAACAUUCCUCCCAACAAAACCCUGCUGAGACGCCACCUGGCAACACACUUCCACCUGCUCAUCGGCUCCGAGGCGCAGCGGCUCAAACAGGACUGUCUGGAAAACCCAGACUACACCGUCCUCACCGCCACCGCCAAGGUCAAGCCCAGACGUCUGUCGUUUGGCGGUUUUGGCACUUUGAGGAAGAAACGUCAGGAUGAUGGCGAGGAAUACGUCUGCCCCAUGAACGUGGAAAUGCCAAAGAGCAGCAGCUUCCAGAGAGGAAGAGUCCUGAUCUACGAGGAGAACCUGGAACACCUGGAACAGAUGGAAGACUCUGAAGGGACGGUGAGACAGAUCGGAGCGUUUUCAGAUGGAAUCAAUAAUCUGACGAGCAUGCUGAAGGAAGACGAGUUUUACCACGAGGUCUCAGUCGGCCCCCCGGAGGUCGACGCAGCAGCAACAGAAAACUCCGGUGUUUGAGUCGCUUUGUGAAAAAAUGACAAACUGCGCCGACAUGUUUCCCUCCACCUCCCACCAACAUCCAUAGCAGAACAUUUCAAACCUUUUCCAGUGUUUUCAUCAUCCAGAAGUUCAGCCGUAGCUUUCCUCAUAUUUUAUAUUUAUUGAAGCCGUCCAAAAUAUGAUGCAUGAAGAUUUUACUGCAUUUAUUUUAUCCUUCACUUAUGUGUGUUUUGUUUUCAGUCAUCAGUGAGGUAAGACAACGUGUUGGUCUCCCUCAGCUGAUGCACUCCAGGUUUAAUGUCCUCGGCUGCAGUCAGACGGUUUUUAUUCGUGGUACGUAAAGUUGUUUUAUUUUUUAUCUUUUAAGAUCAGCUCAUUCACAGCGAAUGUUCUGUCUUUACGUCGAGGAUCUGGCUACUUUACUGUGAUGAAGGAGUGAAGACAUCAGAAAAUAGUCACAUUUUAGAAGCGAGAAUCAAAGACCUGUUUUUAUGCCUCUGCACGACGAUGUUUUUCCAUUUCACGUGAGCGUGGUAUCACGAGAACACAUGAAUUUCUCAAAAUUUAGCCCAAAUGUCAUCUUUAACCCAAAUCAACUGAUUCGAGUUUGGUUGUCAAACGUCAUUGUGACCUCAGGAAACCCAGUUUUGACCGUCACUCAACAAAUCAAAAGAUAAUUAUAAAUAUGUUGGCAGUGAAUUCAAAAGUCCACAACUGAUUGAUCAGUCGUUGAAACAGAAAUCUUGAAAUCCUGGACGAACUAAACCAACAAUUAUUUGCAUAACACCACAAGAGGAAGUGAGAAAAUGUUGUUUUUAAGAAUAGUUCUUCUUUUGAGAAAUAUGAUUUGUUUCUUUCCAAGAAUUAGGCGAGAGGAUCUUAAAUACAACACUCGAGCCAGGAGGUGAUUAGCUUAGCAUAAAGACUACAAGCAGAGGGAAACUGCCAACCUGACUCUCUGUAAAGCUCGCUAAUUAACUCAGAUCUACUUGGUUUAAUCCAGACGCCUUCACAAUGAAACAGUUACAGUGCAAAACUCUUCCUGAAACCACAAUUUGUUGUUUUUUUUCUUUUUUUGUGUGUGUGGAUUAACCAAAUGAGAUAAGUGGUAAUUAGUAAGCUGGUCUGUAAAGCUGCUGGCUCCAGCCCUGCACCUAAUGGACAGAUGGUGCAGUGAGUGGUAUUGAUCCUCUCGUACUGGGAGCGUUUCUUCAAACUCAUUCAAGAAGCAGCAUGGAAAAGUACACAUGGAAACCAAAGUCAGUGUUUUUAAAUCUUUUGUAAUAAAAAAGGAGAAAAUGCAA